UUAUAUCCCGAAUCUGUUAGAUGUCCGAUGAGAUCGCAAGCCGUUUCACAGCCGUAACCAUGGGACCGUAACAGUCUCCCUACAUAUAUAUCCUCUGUCUCCUCCGACCCCUCUCUGCCACUGUGGACGGUGCGGACCCCCCCAUCUGUCAAGAUGGGCUUCGUUAAUACAGCGGUGGGCUAUUUGGCACCGCUUUUUCUCAUCACCUCGCCUAUUACCUCCUAUGCCGACCAAAUCCACUCCAUCCACCGCACCCGCACCUCCGCCGGCUUCUCCCUUGAUAUUCCGCUGAUCAUGCUGGUAUCCUCGAUCCUCAAGAUCUUCUUCUGGAUCACCGACCACUACUCCCUCACCCUCCUCACCCAAGCCAUCCUCAUGAUCUUCGUCCAAUCCCUCCUCCUCCAUGUCUCCUUAACCCAUCGGCCGGCGACCCCUCCAAGCGUAUACCAGCCCUUCUCCGAUCCCCAUCACCACCACCACCAUCAUCAUCACACCGACCAUACCACCGCCUCCGACACCUCUCUAUCCGCCAUGUUUACAACCCUCUUCACAUCCCUCACCAGCCCCACGACGUCCCGCCCGUACAACUUCUGGCGCUGGCGAUCCGCCCGCCCGUACUGGAAUUUCCUCAUGUACUUCACCGGCGCCGUCGUCGCGAUCCAACUCUUCCUCGGCCCCACCGCGCCGGGCCCCCUCUCCUUCGUCCAAUCGACCCUCGCCCUCACCACCGAGGCCAUGCUCCCGGUGCCGCAGCUCUUCGCGAACUAUCAGCGGAAGGGCUGCAAGGGGUUCCGGCUCAGCGUGAUCGUGAAUUGGGUCAUUGGGGACGCGUUUAAGAUGUGGUGGUUUUUCAUGCAGGGGACGGAGAAGGUGCCGGUGGCGUUUCGAGUGUGUGGCAUUUUCCAGGCGUGCUGUGAUAUCGGGUUGGGAGUGCAGUAUUGGGUUUGGGGGGAGGGGAAGGAGUAUGAGUGGGAGAGGGAAAGGGCAGAGGAGAAGGAGGGAUUGGGGGAUGUAGAGAUGGAGGAGAAGAUAUCUAGGAUUCGUUCUAGGAGUUCAACAUAGGCCAACAUCUUGAACGGCUUUUUUGGUUUAUUUCCAGAUAUUUGGGAUGGAUUGGUCAACGAUGGGGCUUCAAGGCAUUGGAUAGAAUAGACGCCUUCAAUUGAGCGCUUAGAUUUUGUGAGCGAAUUUCAUGUAACAGUCCAUCAGGAUGAUAGAUCUACUGGUGGUCUAGCAUAGCCUUUAACGUUGUCAUACCCGUUAACGUGAUCGCUUUCUCUUUUUAUUUCCUUCCUUUAUGGCGCCGCGCAAUGUCCAAACGAGAAGUCAUAUCGUCACAUGCGAAGAUGAUGGUUGCCAACCAUCCCUAAGCCUGCCAGGGGAUACUACGCCGUAGAAGACACGAGCUUGAUCCGGCCCUCAGUCGUCGGACAGAUUGCCUUUGAUAGUUAGAAACGCUUCAUGAAUGAGAUAAGUCCACAUACCUUUGUCCAAUCCACCGUAAACUCGCCGUCCUUGAG